AUGAAAACUAUCGGCCUCCUCGGAGGCAUGAGCUGGGAAUCCACAACAACCUACUACCAAAUCAUCAACCGCCGCGUGCGCCAAGUCCAAGGCAACCUCCACUCCGCCAAAUGCAUCAUCUUCUCCUUCGACUUUGCAGAAAUAGAAGAACUCCAACGGAACAAUAAAUGGGAUGCCGCGGGCCAACUCCUCGACCAGGCGUCUGCGAAGCUCAAACUCGCGGGGGCAGACGCCAUUGUCCUGUGCACCAACACGAUGCACCUUGUUUCUCAUGGCAUCGAGGCGGCAUCCACACUCCCGCUGAUUCAUAUCGUUGAUGCGACGGCUGAAGCUAUCAUCAAGGAGGGCCACAAGUCAGUUGGUCUUUUGGGCACGCGGUUCACCAUGGAAAAGGAUUUCUACAAGGUCAGGUUGCUGGAAAAGUAUGGACUGAAGGUGGUUGUGCCGGAUGAGGCGGGGCGAGAUACGGUUCAUUCUAUUAUUUAUAAUGAGCUGUGUAAUGGUGUGAUUCGGGAUGAGUCGCGGAGUGCGUAUCAGCGUGUUAUAGGGGAAUUGGCUGCUCAAGGGGCAGAGUGUCUUAUUCUGGGGUGUACUGAGAUUGGGCUGCUGAUUGAUGCGGAGAGUAGUUCUUUGCCGGUGUUUGAUACGACUGUUCUUCAUGCUACUGCUGCUGCGGAUUGGGCUAUGAAUGAUAGAGAUUAA